GUUGCAACUUGCAACCUUUGCAACUGAACUAAACUAAACUAUAAACUCUGUUGACUUUACCACAUCAUCAUAAAUGGAUUUUCUUCAUAAUCCUUGUAUCUUUGCAUCUCUUUCUGCAGGUUUAGUUCUUCUGUUGGCACAAUUUCUGUUCAGAAGAAGAGAUAGAAAGAAGAAGAAGUACCAUCCAAUUGGUGGCACAGUGUUCAACCAAAUGAUGAACUUCAAUAGGCUGCAUCAUUACAUGACUGAUCUUGCAGGAAAGUAUAAGACUUACAGAUUGCUGAGUCCAUUCAGGAAUGAGAUUUACACUUCUGAUCCUAUCAAUGUUGAGUAUAUCCUCAAAACCCAUUUUGAAAAUUAUGGAAAGGGAAUGUACAACUACCAAAAUUUAAGGGAUUUCCUGGGUGAUGGAAUCUUCACUGUUGAUGGCGAGAAAUGGCGCGAACAGAGGAAAAUAUCAAGUCAUGAAUUCUCCACCAAGAUGUUAAGAGAUUUCAGCAUUUUUGUAUUCAGAAAGAAUGCAGCAAAAGUUGCAGAUGUGGUGUCUGAAGCUGCAACUUCAAACAAGACAUUGGAAAUCCAAGACCUUUUCAUGAAAUCAACUUUGGAUUCAAUAUUCCAAGUUGCAUUUGGAACUGAACUUGACAGCAUGUGUGGAUCAAGCGAAGAAGGGAAGAACUUCGCCGACGCUUUUGAAACUUCAAGUAUGCUUACUCUUUUCCGGUAUGUCGAUGUCUUCUGGAAGAUAAAGAAAUUUCUGAAUGUUGGAUCAGAGGCUGUCUUAAGAAAGAAUACCAAAAUCUUAAACGACUUUGUCUUUAAGCUAAUUAACAUAAGAAUGCAGCAAUUGCAGACUUCAAAGGAUGAUUCUGCUAACAAACAUGGUGACAUACUCUCAAGGUUUCUGCAACAGGAGAAAUAUGAUUCGACAUACUUAAGAGACAUAAUUCUAAACUUCGUUAUAGCCGGAAAAGACACAACAGCUGCAACACUUGCAUGGUUUAUUUACAUGCUAUGUAAGUAUCCUGAAGAGCAAGAAAGAGCUGCAGAAGAAGUGAAAGAAGUAACAAACACAAAAACUAAAACAUUUAGCAGUAGUGCUGAGUUUGUGUCUUUUGUAACUGAUGAAGCUCUUGAAAAGAUGAAUUAUCUCCAUGCGGCAAUUACUGAAACUCUCAGACUUUAUCCUGCAGUUCCAGUGGAUGCAAAGAUUUGCUUUGCUGAUGAUAUAUUACCAGAUGGAUACAAUGUAAAUAAAGGAGAUAUGGUAUCUUAUCAACCUUAUGCAAUGGGGAGGAUGAAAUUCAUUUGGGGUGAUGAUGCAGAAGAAUUUAGACCAGAAAGAUGGCUUGAUCAUAAUGGCAUUUUUCAGCCAGAUAGUCCUUUCAGAUUUACAGCUUUCCAGGCAGGUCCUCGGAUUUGUCUAGGAAAGGAGUUUGCAUACAGGCAGAUGAAGAUAUUCUCAGCAGUUUUGUUAGGUUGUUUCCGCUUUGAAUUGAGUGAUGAAACGAAAGUUGUUACUUACAAGACAAUGAUAAAUCUUCAUAUUGAUGGUGGUCUUGAAGUCAAAGCCUUCCACAGGGACUGGGACUAAUAAGCAUAUCGUUUUUAGAACAAUCCAAGCUUUAUAGAGAAGCUUAAUGUAAUUAGAAAUAGAUAACAAGAAUGUAAAUAGUAAAUACACCUAUCUUUCUUGAAGUUAAUAUUAUACAUGUUAUGUUUAUAUGAGAAGUUGGUAUGUAUCUCAUGAAUUAAAAAAAAUAAUUGGAAUAUGUUGAAGCUGCAAAAUUUAAGAAUUACUAUACAAAAUUAUCCUUUGAGAGUUU